CCAGCCCAGGCUUACCUCACCCACCCGACCUUACCUUUCCGUAGCGGUAGCGGUACCUAACCCGCCAGUGUCUUUUGCCAGUGCCAGCCAGCGCAACCCACGGCCCAGCCAGUCCCAGCACCGUACCAGCCCAGGCGGCCACCCCCGUUAAGCGAGCAAAUUGCCUCGCUCAUGUGUCCGCCCCCUUCACUCUACGCUGCGCCAUUCAGACUUCACUUCUACCAACUCCACCACGACCUGACGGCUUGAUCACGGCACAAAUCGACCACCGACCCUCGACAGCACUCUAUCGCCGUCGGAUUACUUUCGCUACGAGUGUAUCUGCUGGAUAUCGUCAUCAGGAAAAUUUUUAACCCCCACGACAAGGCGCCGACGAUCCACGAGGAAGCCGAGAGUGGUGCAUGACGCUGCAUCGGGGGAUUGAGAGCCGUCGGCGGUUUGGCGCGACUCGCCACAACAACCCCCUCAUCCUCUGAUCUCGCCCAGAGCGAACAUUCUUAUCGAGCGCAUCGUGGAAUCCGGUUGAAAGGGAUCUUGAGAGGCUUUUUCGGGAAAAGAAAGUGAUUUUUCUUUCUUCGCGCCUUCCGAUUCGGAGACGCUGUGACAGCAGCCGCCAAUCCUUGGUCCGUUUCGACUUCCUCACCCUCACCGACCCGCAGCAAUUACGAUCACGACGUCCGCGGCGACGAAGAGACAAUCCGAACUUCCUGCCAUUGGCGAAGUCAAUAUGUCGUUCCAUCCACGAACCCCUCAAAGCCCUUCUCAGUUUUCUCCGGCAACUUCCGAUCUCACAUCGAGCAUGAACAGCUCGGCCCCAUCAACAGCCACAACUCUGCCGACACCCGCCCACAGCGUCAACGGCAGCGCAUCACAGCCCUCCGAUAUGUCGCAGGACAUCGUCAUGGGCGAUGACUCGCCCCAUAAACGCAAGCGCCCACUCGAGGAUUUGGGUGAUCGAGAUCAGAAGAAAGCCCACAUCGAGGAUAGCAAAACUGGUAUCGAGGCACUCCACCUGGAUGUCGGAGAGAAAUACCUACUUUGCCAAACUCCGCACCACGAGAGACUGCCGCGUAUCACGGAAGACCUCUUCGAGAUGUUCAAUCUUUCGGGUAUCGCCGCAGAAGUCGCUCGCGAAAAGCCCAACGGUGAGAAGAACGCUUUACGGAAGACGUACAAGGGUCAAAUCAAGAAACUCGGAAUUCUCGGCCGCUUCGACUCCGUCGCCCAGGACUGGGAUGCUCCGAGAGAAAAGGACGGCGAGAGCGGCGACAAGAAGAGAGAAGUCUACCACGGCUUCCGGGAAUUGCUGGAGAUUCCCGAUGCUGAGUAUUGGGGCACGCGGAACGACCCUAUCACCAGUGGUCUGUCUGCUACUGUCAAGUCGAUGCUCAACCGAGCAACGACUAUGGCUAAGGGCCCGCUUCCUGUUAAGGAUUGGGACAGCUCAGUUCUCGGAGACCUGACCCCGGGCAGCAUGGAAGCCUUGAGACAGGGUCUCGGUGGCAAGGUGACUGCCCCAGGUACGCCGUCCGCAACCACACCGAACCCCUUUGCGCGAAAGCAGCAACAGGGGCCUCAAGGGGCUGUUCGUCCUCAACGGACAACCAAGAAGCGUGGCUACGGCGAUAACAGCUUCGAGGGAUAUGGCGAAGGCUUCCCUGACGACGGCUACUCUACGGGAGAUGGCGAUGACAGGGGAGGCCAGAAGCGUCGUAAGAAGGAUAACGGCAACAGCCAGACAUUCCCGAACACGAUGCGUCCGCAAGGCUACGGAUCCAGCGCCGUGGGUGCUUAGAAGCCACCUCCGGCGACUAAGGUCGGCAACCGCCGAAACGCUCGCAAAAAGGGCUAAGCCCGAACAUUGCCUUUAUCUCAUUUCUACGACUGGCCAUCGUGUUGGAUAUCGCGGGUCUGCAAGCACGUUGCUGCUAGCACUGAACUUUUGGGUUGCAAAUCAGAUCUAUGCCCGUUGAAUGCUCACAAGGCAGUCCCGUAAGAAGAUUGAGGGCCAGCGGUUGACGACGACGCAACAUGCGCGCGUCAAAAGAGGUACCGCUUCGAGGGUUACCGGGGGGCAAAGGCGGUGGUUGGACGGGGGCAUAUCUACCCCCUUUUGAUGAAAAUUUCCACUUCCAGCAGGGCGUUCAGGGGGAUCAACUUACUUCCUUGUUACCAUUUUACUCCUUUUUUGCUUUUUUUCCCGGUUUUUUUUUUUAACGCAUUCAGUCGAGGUUGGGCAAACGAGAAAAAAACAUGACCGACUGAAAGAAGGGACGGGGGAAAAAAUACCACGCGGCUUCACAAUGAGGAGGGGGAGGGAGGUCAUUUCUAAAGGGCUGCUACGAAAGGGGACGGGAAUCAUUUUACCACGAACCACGACCACCACAAACCACAAAAACCAAUCAUCACAUCACCAUCAUCACCACCGGACACUUUCUCAAAGGAAAAAAAAAUCAUUUCUUCCCCUCUCUCCCACAAUCCCACACACACAAAGAAAGGCAAAGGGGUGGGUAGGGGGGACUUCAGAGGCAGGGUCGUUGUAGCACUAACACAAACAAAACACAAACAAGUAAUUCCAAUAGAAGGCGUGAAGAAGGCCUCUACACACACAAACCCACAC